CUCUGAUCAUUGUUUUGUUUAGUGGGCCAGCUGAAUAAUUGCAAGGAAGAUGGAAAAAUUGGAAGCUUUAAAAAUCUCGUCGAUGCGCCCACGCAGCAAUAUCCUCGAUCGUCCGCUGUCCAAGGGUAAGACAGAGGUAUCGCAAAGCAUUGUAGCUUUGCUGUUCAGCGAAAUAGUCCAGUAUUCCCAGAGCAGGGUGUUCACAGUGCCCGAACUGCAGACCAGACUUCAUGAUUUGGGACAGGAUGUGGGCACACGCAUCAUUGAUUUGUAUUUUGUUCGGGAGCGCAGCUCCAAGAGGGAAACAAAACUUACCCAAAUGCUUCUCUUUGUGAAGACAACCGUGUGGAAAAAUCUAUUUGGCAAAGAGGCGGAGAAACUAGAACAUGCCAAUGAUGAUGAACGCACCUAUUAUAUUAUUGAAAAGGACCCACUUGUCAAUACCUUUAUAAGUGUCCCUAAGGAUAAGAGUUCAUUAAACUGCUCCAAUUUCACGGCGGGCAUUGUGGAGGCUGUUUUAACCCAUUCCGGAUUUCCCUGCAAAGUUUCUGCGCAUUGGCACAAGGGGACAACGUACAUGGUAAAGUUCGAGGAUUUUGUUAUUGCCCGAGACAAGCAAAUGGAGGAGAAAUAAACAAGUUUUUAUUAACAAUAA